UAAAAUAUAACAGCAUAUAGUUAGUUAUGAUUCAAAUGAUAAUAUCAACAUAUAAAAUAUAGACAGAAUAUUUUAAUUUAUAGAGGUUGGUAUUAGGAUUUCUUUUAUAGUAGAUUUGAUAAUGGUGAGGAAUUGCUGUUAGAUUGGUAUUGUUUUCUCAACAGUGAUUUCUUUUUUCUUUUUCUUUUUUUCUUUUUUGGUAAUGACUGUUGCUCAUAGUAAUUUUUAAAUUUGUCGAAAACAUUGAUUGUAAGUUUCUACUCAUGGAAAACUUUAAGAGACAAAAAUCAGCUUUGAACCCUAGUAAAACAGUAAAGUGGAUUAACCACUAUAGUGUUACUUAAGGAGACCUUUUUUUUUUUUUUUUGGUUAUAUUGGGAGGAAAGAAACCCCUUGGGGGUUUCGAACCUGGGUGUCAAGCAGGGGGAAGGGGGGAGGCCACCACUGUGGUACCUGCUCUCGACACUUAAGGAGACCUUCAAUGUGGCAGAGAGUAUUCACAUUCACUACAUCACGUGAGUAGCAUGUGAUGGGUAAAUGUGAGGAGAGGGAGAAACCUAUACGGUUGUCCCACCCUAGAAUUUUGGCUCUCAGAUUUUGGAUUUUGGAUCUACAUGAUUCCCUGCAACGUUUUUCAACCAUAGAAGAAUAUGAAUCGUGAUAUCUUUUUUAUUUUUGGCUCUAAGUUAUAAUCAUUGUGUUAUUUUUUGAGCGUUCUUCUCCUCCUUAGAUAUAGUUCCAAAGACUCCUAAAAUCACAAUCGUAGGGGAAAAAAAGGGUUAAAAGUUAUUAGGGUUGGAAGGAAAAGUAAUAGGGAAGAAACUUCUGUUUCUACUACACAUGCUUUUCAUUUUUACCCCUUUCAACAAACUUUGUAAUUACAAAUUUGUCAUUUAUCUAUGCUAUUAUAUAAGGUAAGAACUUUAGGGUUUGGUGAGAGUUCUGAAAAUUCGAAAAGGUUUUUUGAUACAAGCAAUAUUGCGGGAUGGGGUGAGUCGAAGCUAGGACCUCAGGUGGAGGGGUAAAUGUUUUUAAUCAAUUGGGCUACAACCCCCUUGGGAAAAGGUUUUCAUUGAAAGAAAUUGUCACAAGAAGGAUUUCAUUUAAUGAAUAUAUUGAGGAAAAUUGCUCUUGUUCCCUUAAAAAGAAGGCCGAAGCCUAAAGGGCAAUCAGGUGAAUUAUUACUUGAAGCUAGAGAUUUAUGUUUUCUUUAUUCUCCAGAAGGACAAGAGUCUGAUGGAUCCCAAAAAAGUAUAGACGGGUUCUGUAUAUGCAUCUAAUUCUUGGUGUUAUUAGAUGGUACAUCAUAGUUUUAUGUUUAGCACAGCUCCACACAGGGGAAAGGGAAAGAAAUGGUACGUAGCAAUGCAAGUUUGGUAUAUUGCUUUAUCAGAAUAAAGUAGUGAGCAAGAUACCUAAAUGGCGCAGCAGCACAGUACAAGAUAUAUGAUAUAUUUAUACAACAUCCAACAAAUGCUUUCAAACUAGGAAAGGAAGAUACCAAAACCUUCCCUACCAAUAAGAACUAGGAACAACCUCAAACUUAAUUCAUGUCUUGCCGAGCCCCCCCUCAACCCUAAAUCACCACCACAUCCUCCUCCAACAUUAAAACUCGCCAAAAAACCCCGAAACACUCUUGCCCUAUGUUGUCACUAUCUGGGCACCAACCAUCAGUAGCCCUCAAUGACAAGAAAGUUUUUCCAUGGUGCCACCCAAAGAACCACACACCCUCUGGUUUGGUUUGCGGCUGUAAUCUGCACUGUUGUUGCCAUAGCCGUGAUCAUUGCGGGGAUUUCUGUGUUCGCGGGCUACAUGAUAAUCCAUCCGAGGGUGCCUUUCAUCACCGUCACCUCAGCUCACCUGGACAACCUUCAAAACUCAGUGGCUGGUCUUCUCGACACAGAAAUCACCAUUAUUGUGAGGGCUGAGAAUGACAACACGAAAGCACACGCCAGCUUUUCGGAUACAAGCUUCAUACUGAGCUUCGAAGGCCUGAACAUUGCCAGGUUGGUGGCAUUGCCAUUUGAUGUGAAGAAAAAUAGUUCGGUGGAUUUUCAUUAUGUGGUGCAAUCUUCAUCUAUUCCAUUGAGCCCUGAGCAGAUGGAUCUAAUAGAUAUUUCAUUGAAGCGAGAUAAAAUUAGUUUCAAUUUGAAGGGGAAUUUGAGAGCAAGGUGGAGAGUAGGGCUGCUUGGCUCUGUAAAAUUCUGGGGUCAUUUGAAUUGUCACCUCAGGUUUCAUCCUUCAAAUGGAAGCUACAUACACUCACCUUGUAGCUCCAGGGCAAAAUAGUAAAAUUGUUACGUACUUUUCCUUCUUCCCUUCUUAUCCUUUUAGCUUUCAUGCAGACAAAUUGAGUUCCUCUUUCAAAAUAAAUAGGCUUCAUUUCAAUUUUCAUGUUUGAGAUUAUU